AUGGAAAUCUGGAUUUUACCCCGAGUAGAAACUCAAGGGGGCUAUUUUCGCGAUGAAGCAUAUCAGUGGUGGCUGAUGGUUAGGGAUGGCACUCAGCCUAACAAUCUGACAUGGGAUUUGUUUAAGAUGUCUUUCCAGAACAAAUAUGUGGGGUCCAGUUACAUCAACACUAGGAGGCGUGAGUUCCUGAAUUUUACUCAAGGAGAUCGUUCAGUAGCAAGGUAUGAGGCCGACUUCCUGAGGCUGAGUCGUUAUGCGCAAGGUAUGGUGGCUACUGAGUAUGAGCGCUGUGUCCAUUUUGAGGACGGCCUUAGGGAUAACUUCAGGGUCCUGAUAGCUCCGCAGAGAGAGUGUGAGUUUUUUGUGUUGGUCGAAAAGGCCAAGAUUGCGGAGGAGGUUAAGCGCAUUGAGCGCCAGAACCGUGACAGAGGGAAGGCUAAGAGCGAUAUAGAGCCUUCGAAUACUGGGGUGAGGCCUAGGAAAAAGGCCAGAUCUGAUGGGCCCGUGAGAGUUGGGCCUACUGUUGCACCAACAGGGGCUACGAUUUGUCAGCUUUGUAAUAGACGCCAUCUGGGCAAGUGUUGGAGGACUAUUAGAGCUUGCCUUAGAUAUGGUUCUUCUAAGCAUCGUGUUAAGGACUGUCCAUUAAGGACUAACCAGAUACAAGCUCUGGCUACGGAGACUGCACAGCCGCCAAGGGUAGUUCAGCAGCCACCUAGGGGCCGAGGUCAGGCUAAGGGUGAUAUAGCCUCUACACAUUCUUUCAUAGCUAGUGCAGUGUCUGAGACCUUGGGGUUACCGUUUGAGAGCACUUCUAGUGAGAUAAUAGUGGUAAGUCCGUUGGGACAGUCUGUUGGGAUUAACAAACUAUAUAGAGACAUAUCGUUAGAGGUCCAAGGAACGAUAUUUCUGGUUGAUUUGAUGAAGCUUUCUUUUAGGGAGUUCGAUUUGAUUUGGGGAAUUCAAACGGUGAGGGACUUUCCAAAUGUCUUUCCAGAGGAACUACCAGGAUUACCUCUGAAUCGUGAAGUAGAAUUUGGGAUUGAGUUGUUUCCGGGCACAGCUCCAGUGUCUAUCGCCCCUUACCGAAUGGCACUAAAAGAGCUGACGAAACUUAAGGCUCAGAUUCAGGAGCUGUUGGAUCGUGGGUUUAUUCAUCCUAGUGUGUCUCACGAGGGGCACCUGUUCUAUGACAUUUUGGUGUAUUAUAAGUUUGAGGACGAGCACGAUGAGCAUUUAAAAAUGGUUCUACAGAUUUUUCAUGAGAAACAGUUGUAUGCGAAGUUCACGAAGUAUGAGUUCUGGCUUAGAGAAGUAACCUUUUUGGGGCAUGUGGUUUCAGCUAAGGGGAUUCGAGUGGAUCCUCGUAAGAUUGAGGCUGUGCUAGAUUAG